AUGCCAGAACACUCCGAACAUGCUGAUCGACUUUGCUACCAGGAUACACACACACAGUCAUACCAAAGCAAACAGAAUGUGGUCCCAGUUGAAGCUGGAGUUCAGACCCUGGGAGCAGUGAUCCACCCUAGCCUUUCUCAGAUAGCAAUCCUGUUGACACAGGAAUGUCCAGGUCAUGGGGGCUCUAGCUUGGAAUGGGGACCACUGAGGGGGGUAUUUGAUCCCAUGCUCUCCUCUUUCCAUCAGAGUUGUCUUGGUUACCCCCUGAGCAUCUUAUUCAUUGUGGUCAAUGAGUUCUGUGAAAGAUUCUCCUACUAUGGAAUGAGAGCGCUGCUGGUGCUCUACUUCCGGAACUUCAUCGGCUGGGAUGACAACCUGUCCACAGCCAUCUACCACACAUUUGUGGCCCUGUGCUACCUGACGCCAAUUCUUGGAGCUCUUAUCGCCGACUCGUGGCUGGGAAAGUUCAAGACCAUUAUAUACCUCUCCAUCGUCUACACCGCUGGGCAAGCGGUGCUGUCAGUGAGUUCCAUCAGCGACCUCACCGGCCACAGCCAAGAUGGCAUCCCGACCAGCCUCCCGGUGCAUGUGGCACUGUCCAUGAUCGGCCUGGCCCUGAUAGCGCUUGGUACAGGAGGAAUCAAGCCCUGCGUGUCAGCAUUUGGUGGAGAUCAGUUUGAGGAGGGCCAGGAAAAACAAAGAAACAGAUUUUUUUCCAUCUUUUACUUGGCCAUUAAUGCUGGAAGUUUGCUCUCCACGAUCAUCACCCCCAUACUCAGAGUUCAACAAUGUGGAACUCAAACGUCUUGUUACCCACUGGCCUUUGGAGUUCCUGCUAUUCUCAUGGCUGUAGCCCUAAUUGUAUUUGUCAUUGGCAGCAGAUUGUACAAGAAGUUUCAGCCACAAGGGAACAUCAUGGGCAAAGUAGUCAAGUGCAUUGGCUUUGCCAUCAAAAACAGGUUUAGGCAUCGGAGUAAGGAGUUUCCCAAGAGAGAGCACUGGCUGGACUGGGCCAGUGAGAAAUACGACGACCGGCUUAUCUCUCAGAUUAAGAUGGUUACCAAGGUGAUGUUCCUGUACAUCCCCCUCCCCAUGUUCUGGGCCUUGUUCGACCAGCAGGGGUCCAGGUGGACACUGCAAGCAACUACGAUGACCGGGAAAUUUGGAAGUGUUGAGAUCCAGCCGGAUCAGAUGCAGACCGUGAACGCCAUCCUCAUCGUGAUCAUGGUGCCCAUCAUGGACGCGGUGGUGUACCCGCUCAUCGCCAAGUGCGGCUUCAAUUUCACCUCUCUGAAGAAGAUGACCGUGGGGAUGUUCCUGGCUUCCAUGGCCUUCGUGGUGGCUGCGAUCGUGCAGGUGGAGAUUGACAAAACUCUCCCAGUCUUCCCCGGAGCGAAUCAAGUCCAAGUCAAAGUCUUGAAUAUAGGAAAUAGUAGCAUGACUGUAUCGUUUCCUGGACAGAUGGUGACACUUGACCCGUUCUCUCAAACGAAUGAAUUUAUGACUUUUGAAGCAGACCAGCUGACGCGCAUAACUGUCUCUUCCGGCUCAUCUGUCAAUGAAGUCAUUCAUAAGUUCGAGCCAGGCCACCGCCACACCCUCCUCGUGUGGACCCCCAAUCAAUACCGUGUGGUGAAGGAUGGGCUUAAUAAGAAGCCAGACAAAGGAGAAAAUGGAAUCAGAUUUGUAAAUACUUUUAACGAGGUAAUCAACAUCGAAAUGAGUGGGAAAGUAUACGAAAAUAUCAGCAGUUACAAUGCCAGCGGCUAUCAGUUCUUCCCUUCUGGCAAGAAGAGCUUCACGGUAAACUCCAUAGCGUUUCCCCAAGGCUGUCCACGUGACUUCCAGUCUUCCAACCUGGACUUUGGCAGUGCUUUUACCUACGUGAUCAGAAGAGAGAGCAACGGCUGCCCCGGCGUGGCGACGUUCGAGGACAUCCCCCCCAACACCGUCAGCAUGGCCCUGCAGAUCCCGCAGUACUUCCUGCUCACCUGCGGCGAGGUGGUCUUCUCCGUCACCGGGCUGGAGUUCUCCUACUCCCAGGCUCCGUCCAACAUGAAGUCUGUGCUUCAAGCGGGCUGGCUGCUGACCGUGGCGGUGGGGAACAUCAUUGUGCUCAUCGUCGCCGGCGCCGGACACUUCAGUAAACAGUGGGCUGAGUACAUUCUAUUCGCUGCCUUGCUCCUGGUCGUCUGCGUGAUAUUCGCCAUCAUGGCUCGGUUCUACACGUAUGUCAACCCCGCAGAGAUUGAAGCUCAGUUUGAUGAGGACGAGAAGAAGAAAGCAGAAAAUAACCCGUAUAGCACACCGGAGCCCAUCUCCCAGACCAAGAUGUGA